GGUCAUUUCAGUUUCUCGACUCCAGCUCAACGGAGCUAACACUGUGCUUAAUUUUUUAAAUAAGCUCAAGAUUUUUUUUUUACAGCUGCUGAACUGAUUUCUACUUUGCCGGAUUAGAUCGCUUUCCGAAAUUUCGUAUUCUACAUUAAGUGAAAAUUUCCCGCGAACUUUAUCCAAAUUGCAACGCAAAAUGCCUCGUUCUCAAGUGGCUUUAUUAUUGCGCCGAUCCAUGAUGGGAUUGAUGAGGUCACCGCGGUCAACAUUCUUUGCCAAAGGUCCACUUCAUCAGCAGGUUAGAUACAAAUGCGAGGAUGGCACCAAUGGUCCCAUGCAGGGCGUGGUAAUCGGUGUGUAUGCCAAGGAGGGCGACAAGAACUUAAAGCUCUCACCUGGCGGUGAAAAAUUCGACGAUCGCACUGGCGGCAAAAUAGCGGAGCUACUCAAAGAGUCUGGCCUCAAUGGGGAACUGGGAGUCGGACGACUCUACCAGAAUUUGGACAAAGAGUUCUGCUGUGUGGCUGUGGUUGGCCUGGGCAAGGAAGGCGCCGCCUACAAUGCCGAAGAGGUCAUCGAAGAGGGCAUGGAGAAUGUGCGAGUUUGCGCUGCCGUGGGUGCCCGAGCGUGUCAGUUGCAAGGUUGCGCCAUCUGUCACGUGGACGGUAUGGAGUAUCCGGAGCAGGCGGCCGAGGCUGCCAUGGCUGUGUGGCGUAACAACAUGAAUCAGCGGAAAUCCAAGCGAUUGCCAAUACCAAAACUGGAGCUAUAUGGAUCCUCGGAUCAUGAUGCAUGGACGCGUGGCCUGUUCAAAGCCGAGUCCCAGAAUCUGGCCAGGAGACUUUCGGAUACGCCCGCCAAUCAAAUGACACCAUCCAUCUUUGCCCAGGCCACCGUCGAUGCCCUGUGCCCGUGCGGCGUGGCUGUGGAGGUACGAUCCAUGGACUGGAUCGAGAAUCAGAAUUUGAACUCCUUUCUUAUGGUGGCCAAGGGAUCGUGCGAACCUCCCAUCAUCCUGGAGAUCAGCUACUGUGGCACUUCGCCCGAGGAACGACCCAUCCUGAUGCUCGGCAAGGGGCUGACCUUCAACAGCGGCGGCCUGUGUUUGCUACCAUCCAAGGGCAUGGAUGAGUAUCGGGGAGCAGUUUCGGGCGCUGCAGUGUGUGUGGCCGCCAUUCGGGCGGCUGCUGCUCUUUCGCUGCCCAUCAAUGUGUCCGCUGUGUUGCCCCUAUGCGAGAGUAUGCCAUCGGGAAUGGCCAUGAAACCGGGCGAUUUGGUGACCCUGCUCAAUGGCAAGACCCUGCGGAUUAAGGACACAUCCUUGGCGGGAACUGUUCUCCUCGCCGAUCCAUUACUCUAUGCCCAGUCGGAUAAGCCCAAACUGGUGGUGGAGGUGGGUGCAAUGGCCAGUGGAGUGCGCAUGGGAUUGGGUGCCUCGGCGACGGGAUUGUGGACAAACAAUGCAUUCCUGUGGAAGAAUUUCCAGAAGGCUGGCACCAUCACCGGCGAUCGGCUAUGGCGAAUGCCCCUCUGGAAUUACUUCAGCAAACUAGUCGCCCCCACCAAGUCCUAUGAUAUGUGCAACCAGGGCGUGGGCCAUGCAUCCUCUUGCCUGGCCGCUGCCAUGCUUUUCCAACUGGUGCCAUGCUCCGACUGGGUGCAUCUCGAUAUCCAUGGCACCGGAAUGCUGGCCAACCACGGUGUCCCACCCUAUUUACUCAAGAACCAUAUGAGUGGACGACCCACGCGUUCCAUCAUUCAGUUCCUAUUCCAGAUGGCCUGCAAAUAAUGAUUCUUUCUACGAGUAUUGACGAGGGAUCCGCGAUGUCUCCCAAUUGGUGUGUGUGCUGUCCCCGAUUAUGUACCUUAAUGACGUCCUGUCUGCAACAAGACAAGAGUGUUGUGUAGUCAGUAUGUGUAAUUAUUCAGAAAAAAGAAUCAGUGAUAUGUAGAGGGUAAUGCCUAAUAAAAUUGUAAAAAGUGAAAA